UUCUUCUUUCCUCUUAACAGCCUUAAAGGAGUUUUUCUUCAUAAAAAGCAGUUUAAAUUUUCAGUUUGCAAGGCAGAUGAAACAUUAAACUUUCACGGCAGAUGAAACAUUCCUCACCCUACGCCUGAAAACAAACUUCUACUCGGAACCAAUAUUUUUGUUUAAAAGGUUGCAAAAAUCUCGUCUCGACGUCAAGAAUCUAGUAGCUCAAAAACCCCAUUUUUUUUAAGAUAUACUUUACGCUUGCUGUGAACGGAUUGAAUCAGCAGCUGUAGGGAGAGUGGUUUUGGUUCGUCGCAUUUAAAAAAAAAUUCUGCUUUGGUAGGGUUUCGUAAUUUCUUGCAAACUCUGCCCAUUUUUUCGCGUCGGCAUCAUUAACAGCACAACACAAUUCGUGUAGAAUCUUGAGGAAGAGCUCAAUGGAGCCUCUAAAAUUCACUUGAUGGGUUGGAGCAGAACCUCGUCAUCAUUUAAUUGUAUCAACUGAUAUGGUUAGUGAUGAAUCUCAUUUGUUUUCUCCAAAACUAAGGGAGGCCACCCCUAAAGAUCCUCCCUCUUAUCCAGUGUUGAAAGGAGCUCUUUGUGAUGAUUCUAAUGCUGAAAUGACGUCGUUUGCAUUUGAGAUGGUGAGUUUGGGUCUAGAUGAAUCUAAGGAUCUAGUGAGUAUUCCAAAUGUAGAAGAAAAGAAACCGUAAGUGUUGGAGGCAAGAAGGGCUGGAUCGGUGCAAUCUAAGGUUUCAUAGUUUGGAUUGCAAGCUUCAUCUCCCCAAGAGUCGGAUUGGAUUGAGGGAAGGAGUUUUCAUUGAUGGAGUUGGGAUCUCAGGGGAAUCCAAGUGCUUCAACUUUUUCAUUCAGUGAGGAGGACCAUACUCUUGGAAAUUCUCUUCGAUAUGUUCUAAAUCAUGAUCCAAGGGUGGAAUUUUGUGGAUAUAGUGUCCCUCAUCCUUCAGAGAAUCGCAUCAACGUUCGAAUUCAAACUACAGGUGUUCCUGCUAAAGAUGCACUCAAAGAUGCUCUGCAAGAUUUGAGGCUAAUGUGCCAACAUGUAAGAAGUACAUUUGACAGAGAAGUUGAAGGUUUCAAGGCAACAGAGGGUGUGAAGGAAAUGAGUACAGAAUGAAAUUCAAGGCAACGGAGGAUUUAAAGGAAAUGAGUACAGAAUGAAAAUCAUAAACAUGAAUAUUCUUUAUAGUAGUAAGAUUAUUUAAUGUCAUUGCACCAGUUAACCUUUCGCUAUAACACAUUAUGGUGGUAGUAGUAGCCAAUAUACUGGGUGCUUAUCAGAAAAGUUGCAAAUUGCAUUUUGUAACUGCUAUAAAGAUUUGGUUGUGCAAAAGCUCUUGAAAUGCCAUUUUUAUGCAAACUUUAGUACGUAGAUCUUGAGAAUUUUGAAGUGACCUGCGCUGGUCUGGCAUUUAGACAGUUGAAAUUUUGGAAGAUAACUUAUCAUGCUAAUGUGCUAUGUUAAUGACAAUUCUUUUUCAUGUCAAUUGUAUCUUUUCUCUGUAAGCCUGAAUUCAGAAAUUGAACGUAACACUACCUAUAUGUUACUUCUCUCACUGUGGUGGGCCAUCUUAAAUAUUGGUUGGACAUGUUCAACUGUAUGGUCAUCAAUGAAAACUGUUAUUUCAAAUCA